AUUGCGCAUGCGUGUUGUCCGUGCGGCGUUUGACUUCGGAGGCUUCCGUAGAGGCUGGAGGGCGGGAAAGAUGGCGGCGGCCGUGCUGCAGCCGUUCGGUGCGUUAUGGAUACAGAACCUGAGGACCCGGGGGAAGCUGGCCCUGGGGGUUUUACCCCAAUCAUAUAUCCACACAAGUGCUUCUCUUGAUAUUUCUCGAAGAUGGGAAAAGAAGAAUAAAAUUGUAUAUCCUCCUCAACUCCCUGGAGAACCUCGGAGACCAGCAGAAAUCUACCACUGUAGAAGACAAAUAAAAUACAGCAAAGACAAGAUGUGGUAUCUGGCAAAAUUGAUAAGAGGAAUGUCCAUUGACCAGGCUUUGGCUCAGUUGGAGUUCAGUGACAAAAAAGGAGCACAGAUAAUUAAAGAGGUUCUCUUAGAAGCACAAGAUAUGGCAGUGAGAGACCACAAUGUAGAAUUCAGAUCCAAUUUAUAUAUAGCUGAGUCCACUUCAGGGCGAGGCCAGUGCCUGAAACGCAUCCGCUACCACGGCAGAGGUCGCUUUGGGAUCAUGGAGAAGGUGUACUGCCAUUAUUUUGUGAAGCUGAUGGAAGGACCCCCACCUCCACGUGAGCCCCCAAAGACCGCACUCGCCCACGCCAGAGACUACAUUCAGGAGCUUCGCAACCGGACCAUCAUUCACACUCUGUGACGGGGGAUUCUGCACCACUAUGUACAUAUUUUGUCAUUUCUUUUUAAAAAUAAACAAAAAUUAAAAGCAUGCUUUUUA